UGACUCACAAGACGCAGGGCGACAGCUGCGGGCAGGGAAGACUUUCGCACACCUCAAGGGCGCUGCAUGCCUGUUUCUGGGUAUAAAUAAGCAGAUAAAUCCUCUGUAUCUUUAGCAGCCUCGCCCGCGGUGUGCCUCUCCUUGUCUCUCCAUUAUGCUUCGUCUGAUACUUCUGACGGCGGCGGUGGCGGCGGUGGCGGCCUCUCCCACCGUCCCUCUGGCGGCCAAGGCGAUGUACAACCCGGAACUCUUCCAAGGUGACAUCAAGGGCAUCGCUGGACAGGAGCCUGGGCACGAGAGGGCAGCCAUCCUGGGGUCGCAGUACCUGUGGCCCGGCGGCGUGGUGCCUUACAUCUUCGGCAGCUCCAUCACCUCCUCUCAACAGAGCGUCAUCCUGCAGGCCAUGAAUGAAUUCCACUCCAGGACUUGCAUCAGGUUCGUCCCAAGAACCAAUCAAGCAAAUUUCAUCGAGAUCGUUUCCAACGACAAUGGGUGCUGGUCCUACGUGGGCAAGAUCGGAGGCAUGCAGCGCGUCUCUCUUGACGUGAACGGUUGCAUCUACCUAGGCACGGCCAUCCACGAGCUGAUGCACGCCGUCGGCUUCUACCACGAGCACACUCGCAACGACCGUGAUUCGUACCUCUACAUCUAUUACAACAACAUCAUCCCAGGCAUGGCGUACAACUUCGACAAGGACACCAACUACCAGUACGUGGGCGAGGGCUACAACUACAACAGCAUCAUGCACUACGGCACGUACUCCUUCUCCGUGCAGUGGGGCGUGCUGCCUACCAUGGUGCCCACGUACCCCAACGUGCAGCUUCACGAGCCCUGGGAAAAGUAUUCCAUGGAACAAUCCGAUGCCAACCAGAUCAAUAAUCUGUACGGCUGUUAGCGCCGCCGCGUCAUGCAACACGAAACUGCACACAUUGGAAACCGAGAAAAGGAAAAAAAAAAUCUUACGUCUAUUUCAAUGACAACAUAUGUACCUACAAUGAAUUACAACCUCAAUGACAACAUAUGUACCUACAAUGAAUUAUAACCAAUAAAAACCAGCUUUAA